AUGCCGCCACCAUCGGCACCUCCAGUCUCGCCAACUACUCAACCCACCUCCAUGGUUGAGCCGGACGCUAGCGAAAGUUUCGCCCUUGAAGAAUCCUCCAGCAAAGACGCCGCCAGCGAGGGCGCCGCCAGCAAAGCCGGUCAAGAGGGCCCAACGCCUCAACUCGCGCUCAUCUUGCGCCAAGCCCCUGACCGCAUCCCAGCACUUUCUAAGCAGGAACUCUUAGGCUGCAUCUUCAAGACCCUCCUCACCGAAUACGCCAGACGGGACCGGAUCCAGGUCCAGCACUCCAAGUCCCCGUCAGAGCGCGAGAUUUGGCAGGCAAUGAUGACCGAGCAGGCAGCCCGCGACGAAGAACUAUCGCGCCGCCUAGCCGGGCGCGACAGUUCCGCCGCCGUCGGCUCGUCAGAGGGAGAUGUGGACAUGAACGCAUUGCUCCAGGAGCUGGAGAUCCGAGACACGACGUUGUUCGCCUCCCGCAACCAGAGGCAACAGUUUCGCCUGGGACAAACCGGCCACGGAAGAGGACUUCUACGCGCUGCUCGCCGAGUGGGAGGCUGA